GCGCGUCUCAGCGUGUGUGCGCAAUUGUGCAUCUGUGCGGGUGCGGGACAUCUACUUCUUCUACACAGGCCCAUUGAGCCCGAGGAGCAUUCCAGGCCCAAAUACAGCGGCCCAAGUCUCAAAGAAGCCCAAAAUACACACUGGGGUGCCUUCGGCCUCCUUGGCCGAGGGCUCCGAAUUACACAGGGUAGCCAGAUUCGAGCAUGCAAAGCUACUGGGAGAAAAUGGCACAAAACAGGAGCCUUCGGCAUCAGGGAAGCCUUCGGCACUCCCAUGCCUUCGGCUACACAAAGCCCUCGGCCGAAGGGGGAGCCUUCGGCCAACAACUCAAUCAUCGAAGAUUCCCUUUAGAGACAAGCAACUACCGCAUUUAAUGUGACGUCACAUCCACCCACCGCAUUCAAUGCGGAGCACAUGCGAAUGCCAGUGCCACCCGAGAGAGGUGACCCCUCGGCCGUUAGAUUAUCGCCACGUAUACUCUCAUCGCAUUUAUUACUACUAUAAAUAGCACCCAAUUUUCCCAUUGUAAAGGACCAGAACAUCUCGAGUUCAUAAAUAUAAUCGCCUCUCUCUCCUACUUGUUUGCUCUGACUUCUCUCUAGGUUAUUUCCCGCAAUAACCCCUCGGAUAAGCUACCCCUUGGGUACACCAUCCAUCAUUAUUAAUAUUGAUGAUACUAAUAUUGCCAUUAUUAUUAAUCGAAUAUAUUUGAUUAAUAUUCG